GAGCGAGCAGCUCUGUUGUAAGCAUCAGUUGGCGGUGUUGUUGGCUGAGGCUGUGGGUGUGCACACGGAGGAGACGGUGUCGGAUGAGCGUCUUGCAUUUAUGCUCUCUAAGCUUUGAAGAUGAAGUUGGUCAAGCCGGCGGAAUUGUUUCAGAUGCUCUUGAAGACUUGUGCUGUGGAGCAAGGGCGGUUGCUGGGACUAGAUGUUGGGAAUAAAUAUGUUGGUUUAGCUGUCUCUGAUCUCGAGAACAAAAUUGCUUCGCCGCACAGUGUCUUGGUAAGGAAGAAAACAAACAUUGAUCUCAUGGCCAAAGACUUCGGCACACUGGUGUCAAGAUUUUCUUUGGUAGGUUUUGUAGUUGGCUACCCUUUUAGUUUACAAGGUCAAGCUAAUGUAGAGGUGAAACUUUUUGUUGAGGAGCUCAAGAAUACAGGAAAACUCCAUGACAUGAGUUAUACAUAUUGGGAUGAAAAUUUCACCUCGAAGUGUGUAGAAGCCCUCUUACAGCCCUUAGAUCUGCAUCCUGUGGAGUUCAAGACGACCUUGGACAAGUUCGCUGCUGUUGGAAUACUUCAGGGGUAUCUGGAUGACAUGCAAAGGAUAUCAAGGUCAGCAAGUAUUUUCAAUGAAGCAUCUAUCAGUGAUACAGAGGAAAGCCACCAGGUCACUCUGUCUAUGGAAGGAAAGAAUUAGAAUUGAGUAUGAGCUGAGAUAAAUUAAGGAUGACAAGAGAACUUUGAGCUCCAGAGAUAAAACUGCAGUUUAUUUCAUCCUCGCAAUGGGUUAUGUUGCACCUUUAUGCAUGAAUUGUGCAAUGAAAUAUAGCAUUUUUACUAUAAUGAGAAACAAAUAUGAUAAAACUGAAACAUUUUCCCCUGAGUUUGAGUUGCAAUUUUUGUAAAGGAAAAAAGUUGUUACCUUCAAAUCUAAAUGGAGGAGAAAUGAUGGGUCCCAAAUUUCAUUGGUGAUCAGGAUAAAGUUUAUAUUA